UCUCUCCGGAAAUAUCUCUCUUGGUAUAGGUGUCCAGCAACACUCAUUCAGAUUUCGCUUUGUAUGGCUACGAAACAUCAUCUUCCUUGUGUAUAUAUCCUGCUCUCACACUACCAGUAAGCCUUAGGAUUGUGUUUUUGAAGGAAGAGGAACAGGAAAGGUGUAGCCUUGACCAGAGAUGGCUUCUAUGCACCUUGCUUUGAGUUCAGUCCCUUGCAAAAGAACGUUUUCAAAGGAUGUUCUUUUACCUUGGUUUGAAGAAGCAAAUAGAUUUUCAAAUGGAAGGAAGAAUUAUGUGAUAACAGGAGUACAAAGUUUGGUGCCUAGAGCCACAUUGGCCGUGGGAAAUCCAACUUCUGGUCAAGAAAAGCUGAAACCAAGCAGACACACAGUGGAUCCAUCAUCCCCAGAUUUUCUACCCAUUCCAUCAUUUUCAGAAUGUUUUCCUAAAAGCACAAAGGAAUACAGGGAGGUUGUUCAUGAACAAUCUGGCCAUGAACUUAAAGUUCCAUUUCGACGGGUACACCUGUCUGGGGAGGAGCCUUAUUUUGACACAUACGACACAAGUGGACCGCAGAACAUAAAUCCUCGUGUUGGCUUGCCAAAGUUACGAAAAGAAUGGAUUGAAAGGCGGGAAGAGCUAGGCAGCCCAAGAUACACCCAAAUGUUCUAUGCCAAGAAAGGCAUUAUAACUGAAGAGAUGCUAUACUGUGCUACUCGUGAGAAGCUCGACCCUGAGUUUGUACGUUCUGAGGUUGCUCGUGGUCGAGCCAUUAUUCCAUCCAAUAAGAAGCACUUAGAGUUAGAACCCAUGUUGGUCGGUAGAAACUUUUUGGUAAAAGUGAAUGCAAAUAUUGGAAACUCAGCUGUUUUAAGCUCGAUUGAGGAUGAGGUGCACAAGCUUCAAUGGGCCACCAUGUGGGGAGCUGACACUGUCAUGGACCUCUCAACUGGCCGACAUAUUCAUGAAACCCGUGAAUGGAUCCUUCGAAAUUCUGCUGUUCCUGUUGGGACUGUACCUAUUUAUCAAGCUCUUGAAAAGGUCGAUGGAAUUGCUGAGAAUCUUACUUGGGAGGUCUUUAGAGACACUCUGAUUGAACAAGCUGAGCAAGGUGUAGAUUACUUUACCAUCCAUGCUGGAGUGCUUCUGCGCUACAUUCCACUAACUGCAAAAAGAAUGACUGGGAUAGUUUCAAGGGGAGGAUCCAUUCAUGCAAAGUGGUGCUUGGCUUACCACAAAGAGAAUUUUGCUUAUGAGCACUGGGAUGAUAUUCUGGACAUUUGUAACCAGUACGAUGUGGCGCUUUCUAUUGGUGAUGGGUUGAGGCCUGGGUCAAUAUAUGAUGCCAAUGACACUGCACAGUUUGCCGAGCUUUUGACACAGGGCGAGUUAACUCGUCGAGCUUGGGAGAAGGAUGUGCAGGUAAUGAAUGAAGGACCCGGUCAUAUUCCAAUGCAUAAAAUCCCUGAAAACAUGCAGAAACAACUAGAGUGGUGCCAUGAAGCUCCCUUCUAUACCCUUGGCCCAUUGACAACUGAUAUAGCACCUGGUUAUGAUCAUAUAACAUCAGCUAUUGGAGCUGCCAAUAUAGGAGCCCUUGGCACUGCAUUACUUUGCUAUGUUACUCCUAAAGAGCACCUUGGACUACCCAACCGAGAUGAUGUGAAGGCUGGGGUCAUAGCAUAUAAGAUUGCAGCUCAUGCAGCUGACUUAGCAAAAGGCCAUCCUCAUGCCCAAGCAUGGGAUGACGCAUUAAGCAAAGCAAGGUUUGAGUUUAGAUGGAUGGAUCAGUUUGCUUUGUCGCUUGAUCCCAUGACUGCUAUGUCUUUCCAUGAUGAGACAUUGCCGUCCGAAGGAGCCAAAGUAGCUCAUUUUUGUUCAAUGUGUGGACCCAAGUUUUGUUCAAUGAAGAUAACAGAGGAUGUGAGGAAAUAUGCAGAGGAGCAUGGCUAUGGGAGUGCAGAGGAAGCCGUGCAGCAUGGGAUGGAUGCCAUGAGUGCUGAGUUCUUAUCCGCGAAGAAGACUGUUAGUGGGGAGCAGCAUGGUGAGGUUGGGGGUGAAAUCUACCUGCCUGAGAGCUAUGUUGCAAGUACCAUGAAAAGGUGAAGGUCAUUGCAAGGUAAUAAAACAGAAGAUCUUGACAUAAUAAGUGCCUUCGAGGACUCCGCAAAAAGAGCUGCUUCGAGCCCCUGAAGGGCCCAGCUUUGCUUCAAGCCUCCUCUGCCAGCUUGUUAGCUUUUAGAAGUUAAAUGCAUUGCCAUUUAGGUGAGUCUUUAGAUUUCCUACAUAGGACCUAUAUUUUCCUGGCUAUGUUAAGCCUUAUCUUGAGUUUACAUAAAUAAAACAUCAGAUAUUGUAGUGUGUUACUUGUUAUGCUAGUCUCUGUUAUGGCUAGGAUGUAAUCAAAACCCACAAUGUGCUUGUGGUUUUUUCUUUUAUCUUCAUGUUCUUUUUCUGUUUUCGUUUUUCUCUGUCAUGGCUUGUCGUGGCUUUGUUUUUUUGGGGCUAUAUUGUUUUGGUUUUGGAGUUCGGUGGUACAUGUGUGCAUGCUCAGUUUACUGACAUAAGCAAGGCACCAGGGGUGCUUGCCCUGUCUCUCUCUUUCAAGUAAGCCAUGGCCAUGGCUGAGAGGUUAUGACAGGAGCAGGCUGAGAGAGUCCCUUUGAACCUGAACAGGAUAACACCUGCGUAGGGAGUGUGCCGCUCAUCCUUUUAUCUAUGUUUCUUUUCUCGCAGGCUAGCGUAUUGCUUUCACUAUGAUGGGGGUGCCCAGCACGUCCAAGGUGGGCAACACAUUACAUCUGAUUCUUUCAAAUGCUUGAGCCUAAAAUGUACUUGGUAUGUGUUGGAAACAGGUCAUACGCAUGACUGCGUUUGAGAAGGGUGUGUAUGAGAGAGAGGGAGAGAGAAAGAGAGAGUUAUAUGGCUUUGCAAAAUGAUGUACCGUUUUGCAUGCAUGCAUCCUUCCAUGGGGUAGAAGCAAUGACAUUUGUAUUCAUGUACCUCAGGCUCAAAAUGUCAUGGUUUGUGCUAAAAGA